UCGGUGGAAACUGAACACAAAACUUGAAACUAAAUAAUGCUUUUCUUGCCCCUUAAAAUUCGGGGGAAAAGAACUCAUUUUUACGUGAGAUAAAGAAGUGUUUGAAUCGCGAGUUACUUCCCGCAAAAUUUCUUUUCAUUCAUUCCUUGCUAUUGUUUGAAGCACUUUUUUAUAUAUGUAUAUAUAUAAUGGAUCACAUCUACGUAACAGUGGAUAUUUAGCGGAGAUUUAAUUAAAUGGACAUUAUUCUAAUCAACCACGUAAAGAAAUAGCUAUAUUCCCUGCUAUUGUUCAAUCCACAUCUAUAUUUAUUGAGUCAUAUCUGCUUCACAACGGAUAUUUAGCGGAGUUCUAAUUAAAAGUACAUGAUCGCUAAUUAACUGCGAAAAGAAAGUCGUGACAACAUUCAUUAUUACAUUGAUGUGAAAAUAUAAAUCAACGUCUACUGUAAAAUUUAGUUCUUAUGAAGCUGUCAGUGUCUGGAUUGUCUUAAGAUCUGAUUAUAUGAACAUAUUGUGCACUGUCUUCCCCCUUAUUGGGGCUUGAUUAAUAAAAUAUCAGAUGAGAUUGGCAUUAAAGAAUUUCUGUUACAUCAAAUAACAUGAUUAAUAUUGAAGCACCUAUUAAAGACCAAAAGAAGUUCUACUGAACAGGUGUAAACCUAUUUAUAUAAAUCUAUGUUAUGCAUUACUGUGGAAUAUUUUCCCAGGACUGAAAUUAAUCGCAGAAUUUCCCUUUCUAUUUUUCUGGAGUGUGUGCAAAAUGCAUGCCCAUCGCUAAGGGGGUGCACUUGAUGGCACUGCCUUUUCACUAUUCAAUGGUUCACUCUCAGAUUUGGAAAAUACAGUUUACAAAAAUUUUUAAAGUGACCCUCCAGAAUAUUCUGAAGCAUCCCCAGGCACCGAGGUCUGGUGACAGGCUUGAUGAAAUGGUUCUACAUGGUGUUUAACCCUUUUGCAUUUAAACCCCGGCCAAAAGUAUUCUGCCUAUUUUAUGUUCAAACUGACCAGAUCUGGCUUCUCAGUGCUACCCAACAAUGUCAUUCUAAAAAUUAACGGUUGCCCCUUCAAAAUAUCAAAGCCACAAGAUAAUGCAUGAUUAGUUCAAAACAAUGUGGAUAAAAAAGGAUUAAUUUUGGCAGAAUAAUGCGAACACUAAAGGAUUAAAUUUGGGUUAUGGUGUGCUAAUACUGCAAAAAAAAAAAAGAAAACAUAUAUAUUGUGGCCAUAAGCAAAGAACUGGAAAAUGAAUUGUGAGAACAAGGUUCAAUACUCAGUGCAGUGUAAAAAUAUUGACACCCCUGAUGAUGUUAAGAAAGAGGAAGGAAAAAUAUUGUUAUACCCUUGUGAUAUCUGUGGUAAACCAUUCUCUCAAAAAAUAAACUUGACUACACACAGACGUAUUCAUACGGGAGAGAAACUACACCAUUGUGAUAUCUGUGGUAAAUCAUUCUCUCAGAAUAUUCACUUAACUCGGCAUAAAUAUGUUCACACUGGAGAGAAACCAUAUUAUUGUGAUAUCUGUGGUAAAUCUUUCUCUCAGAAUGCUCACUUGACCAGUCAUAAGCGUAUUCAUACAGGAGAGAAACCGUAUCGCUGCGAAAUCUGUGAUAAGUCAUUUUCUCAAAUAAGUUGCUUAACUAGACACAAACUCAUUCAUACAGGGGAAAAACCAUUUCAGUGUGACGUCUGCAGUAAAUCAUUCUCUCAAAUAAAUUAUUUAACUCGACAUAAACACAUUCACACAGGAGAGAAGCCAUAUCACUGUGAUAUCUGUGGAAAAUCAUUCUCUCAAAUAAACCACUUGAAUACACAUCAACGCAUUCACACAGGUGAGAAACCAUAUUACUGCGAUAUCUGUGGUAAAUCAUUCUCUCAAAAAGAUAGCAUAAAUAUCCAUAAACGUAUUCAUACAGGAGAGAAACCCUAUCACUGUGAUAUCUGUGGCAAAUCAUUUUCACAAAGUAAUGAUUUAACUAAACACAAGCGUAUUCAUACAGGAGAAAAGCCAUAUCAUUGUGAUAUCUGUGGUAAACCAUUCUCUCAGAAAGAUAACCUGAGUACUCACAAACUUAUUCAUACAGGAGAGAAACCAUAUCAUUGUGAUAUUUGUGGUAAAUCGUUCUCUCGAAGUCACAACCUGACCACACACAAACGCUGUCAUACAGGAGAGAAGCCAUAUCACUGCGAUGUCUGCGGCAAGUCAUUCUCUGAAAGCAGCGUCUUGAAUAUUCACAAACGUAUUCACACGAAGGAGAAACCCUAUCAUUGCGAUAUCUGUGGUAAAUCAUUCGCUCGGCAUCACGUCGCGGCCGUGCACAAACGUAUUCAUACAGGCGAGAAACCAUAUCCGUGCAGUAUCUGUGGCAAAUCAUUUUCGUGCCUGAGCAGUUUAAUCACACAUAAACAUGUUCACACAGGUGAAAAACCAUAUCAGUGUGAUAUCUGUGGUAAAUCGUUCUCUCAGACCUGUUCCUUAACUAUCCAUAAACGUAUUCACACGGGGGAGAAACCAUAUCAGUGUGAUAUCUGUGGUAAAUCUUUCUCCUGUGUAGGCACCUUAAAUACUCACAAACGCAUUCACACAGGUGAGAAGCCAUAUCACUGUGAUAUAUGUGGCAAGUCAUUCUCCCACGGAAAUAGUUUAACUUAUCACAAACAUAUUCAUACUGGGGUGACACCGUACCUCUGUAAUAUCUGUGGAAAAUCCUUUUCUAGUACAUGCAAUUUGACUACUCACAAACGCAUUCAUACGGGAGAGAAACCAUAUCACUGUGAUAUAUGUGGUAAAUCAUUCACUCAGAGUAGUAAUUUAACUCAACACAAAUGUACUCCUACUGAAAUAUAACCUAUUUCUUUACUACCCACAAGGGGCUAAACACAGAGAGGGCAAACAAACGGAUUAAGUCGAUUACAUCAACCCCAGUGCGUAACUGGUACUUAAUUUAUCAACCCCGAAAGGAUGA